AUGAGCAUUGCAGUUAAAGUCUCCAUAAUUCUGUCGCUGUGCCUGAGGGGGCACGAAUUUAAACAUCAUCAGGCUGCAGCAAAAACUUCGACCUUCCUACCCCCUUCUUUAUUUGCGAUAGCGGACGAUCCGGACACGGUGAUUCAUGACGGCAAUAUGGGCGCCAAAACAUGGCUUCAAAAGCAUUCUCUCUGGCCUUCACGUUCAUCCUCCUCUGUAUCCACGAGGCAGCCCGAUGCAGUUGAUUCAGCCCAUGCCCAAAAUGAUCAAAGGCACCUAAAGGAACCAGUUGCUAACGCGGCACCGAAUGCCAAUGCGUCGACUGUGCCUCAAGCAAAAGCAAAUAAAACCACUGAACAAUCUGAGGCUACCUGUAUUCCAUCCUCAGUGACAUCAGCAACCUUUGAUGAUACUCCGAUUCGAGAACUUUGGAAUGUUGCAUACGAGAAAUUGCGCGAAGGAGAAGGCGCCCUUGUUGCAGAAUAUGAGGCUAGGCUGCAAGGGAGCGUCGUCGCCGGUCUGGGUGAAGGUCUGAAGCCAAAAUCGAACACCAGAGAGCGCAUGUGGGCGAUUCUUCAAAGCAAGAUGAACGAAGUAAACCAAAAUACGACCAAGUUCAAUAUAGGCAGCACUGAAGUCAAGAUGAGAGACGUUGCCCAACUAGUCUUGAAUGUUGUUGGGGCUGCGAAUAGGUACAUCAGCCAGGCUGUAAGCGCCAAUCCGUCAGCCUCGAUCGCUUGGGUCGGUAUCAGCGUUUUGCUACCACUAUUCACGAAUAUAUCAACUGAAAGUGCCGUUCAGGCGAAAGGACUGGAGUACAUUGCAUCUCUUAUAUCACAAAGCCAAAUGAGAGAAGAACUCUACAUCAAAUGUUACGAGUCACGGAAAGAGACUCAACAGGAGUUUCAGCAAUCACACCGCGAAUAUAAAGCCGCAUUAGAGCGACUUUACAGGCAAAUAUUGAAAUUUCAGGCUAAAAGCUGCUACCAUUUCUCAAAUAGCUCCGUCUUUCGCUACGGCCUUGACGCCGUCAAGUGGAACGACUGGGAUCAGCUAGUGAACGACGUGCGCCAGCGAGAUACAGAGUUUGCCGCUUUUGAGCAGAUUUGGCGAGAUCUACAGCAUUUUGAAGAGCGCCUAGCAGCCGAAAGCCUGCAGCGAGAGACCAUAGAUUCUAUGGCUGCUAUAAGAGGAGAAAUGUCCAUAUCGCGCGAGGCCGCCGAAAGAGCAAUGACUAAACAAGAACGCUAUGAACUAUUCGACUGGCUUUGUGAUAUUGACCCUUCCUCAAUCUACAAUACUGCUCGAGAAAGGCACGAACCUGGCACCAAUGAAUGGCUAGUACAAAGUAAAGAGUUUCAGACCUGGGAGAGGAGUGAUGGGUCACUGUUAUGGCUCCAUGGAAAAGCCGGCUCGGGAAAAUCCAUCAUCAGUUCCUCGGUCAUUAGCUAUUUGAAAGACAAAUACGCAUCGCGGCCUUCAACAGCUCUCGCUUACUUCUAUUUUAGCUUCAGCGACGUCAAGAAGCAACAAGUGGACGGAAUGCUUGCGUCUCUUAUCAAACAGAUCUUGACGGAGAAAUUCGAAUUGUGGCCAGUUGACAUUAAGGAAGAGGUGGGUCAAUCACUUAUUGAAAAGGCGGAUAGCAUGUUUCAAUAUGUCCGUUUUCAGCUAGAAAUACUUCAAGAGCUUUCAUCUGCAUCCGAGAUCCGCAAGGCCCUCCUUGACCUUCCCAUUGGGCUUGAUGCAACUUACGACCGAAUUCUCCAAAAUAUUGAUACCAAGUUCCAACGUCGAGUCAUAAACUCGCUUAAGUGGCUGGCGUUCUCUAAAAGCCUCUUGACUAUCGAAGAAUUGGCUGAGAUUUUCAUCAUUGACCCAGAUAAAGAUAUUGCCUUUGAUGAAGGCACGCGACUUUUCUCUUCUUUAGCCAUAUUGAAAUAUUUUUCUGGCUUGGUUGUCAAUGAAAAAGAAACGAAUACGGUCCGCCUGGUUCACUUCUCCAUCAAAGAAUAUUUAACUUCUGACAGGAUAGAAGAAAGGCUUACCUCGGCCUUCUCAUUUACAGAGGCGGACGCCCACAUGCAUAUCGCGCGUUCGUGUCUCUCGUAUGCUGCGCACUUGAGCACCACGGCUAAGAAAAAGACUCAAACAACCCUCCGCGAUUUACGAAAGACCCAUCAUUUAAUAGACUACGCGACUUCGGCGUGGGCGGACCAUCUCGAGGAGGUACCGCGUGUGCAGUGGCCAGACAAAGUCAUAAUCACCGCUGUACUUGCACUUACCGACCAAAGCCCAGGCUCAUUUGCCCCUCUAAUGAUGGGGCGAAUAACAGUAAGGGAAAAUUUGGAACAUUUGUUAAAGAGGCCGCAUUGUUACACUGCUUACAGCGGCUUUCGCCAGUUAACCGAGGCAAUGAUUGCUGAGAAGCAUGGUACGCAUGAGUAUAUUACGCAAGAAGAUUUGGAUUUUGGACUCCAUUAUGCGGCCUAUGGAGGUCACUUGGACAUUGUGCAAUUAUUCCUUGAAAAGGGCGCCAACAUGAAGGCACAUUGCGGCAAAUGGGCAUCAGCAGUUCAUGCGGCCGUUGGCGGCGAACACAUCAAUGUUUUAGAUUUUUUUGUCAGAAACGGGUGGGCUGAUGUCAAUUGUCAGCCGGCUUUAUUCGUGUGUAUUUUUGAAUGGGAUACACAAACAUUGGGGUAUCUUCUCGACCAAGGCAUGAACAUGGAUACGCAGGAUGAACAACAUGGGACCGCACUACACAAGGCAAUCAUCAACGGGAAUUCCACGGAUUUCGAACUAUUGCUGGAGAGAGGCGUUGACAUAAAUGCGCUGAAUGAGGAACUCGGCACACCACUUCAGGCCGCAUGCGAGAGACUGUGCUAUCAUGAUGAUCGAAAUCUUCGCUACAUUGAGAAGCUAUUGGACUGCGGCGCAGACCCCAACAUCCGCGGUGGAGAGUGCGGGACAGCGCUGCAAGCCGCGUGCAGUACUGAACUCAUAAGCAAGACGGAGGUGCGCAUAGAAGCUGUGCGGCUUCUCCUUGAGCACGGCGCUGAUGUGAAUGCUCAAGGAGGAUUCUGGGGCUCCAGCCUGCACGCGGCAGCAGCAUCGAUGUACUCUGAGGAAAAUGUCGAAUUGAUGAAGCUACUCCUUGAUAACGGCGCCAAAGUCAAUCAAACGAGUGGCAGCUGGGGAACUGCGCUGCAUGUUGCCUGUUAUCAUGGGACUAUUGAGGCAGCGCGCUUUCUGGUUGACCGAGGUGCUGAUGUCAACGCUGAAAGUGAUCGGUUCGGCACGCCAAUAUUGGCCGCAGCGGCUCGGGGACAGUACAAUGAAGAUUUCCCCAGGUUGCCAUUUUUUACUUUGCUCAUGGAUAAAGGGGCCAACGUCAAUCAUCGAGGGGGGGAGUAUGGGUCUGCGCUUCAAGCCCAUUUUCACGAGGAGGCCAACGAAAUUGAAUCGUUGCACUUUCUCCUUAAACACUGCUCAGAUGUCAAUGCCGAAGGCGGCAAGUAUGGGACGGCACUCAUAGCUGCCUGUACGGGUUAUUCGCGGAGAGAAGAUUGUGUGCAGAUGCUGCUGGAUCUCGGCGCCCACGUAAAUACACAAAGUGAGGAAUAUGGAACAGCACUCAUCGCUGCGUGCGAUAGAGGCGAAAAAGACACGAGAAUAGUUCAACGGUUGCUGGAAUGCGGCGCUGAUGUAAAUGCAAAAGGCGGCGAACAUGGAACGGCGCUCAUAGCUGCCUGCAGUUGGAACUACUCUGAGGCGGUAGAGUUGCUGCUCAACCAUGGCGCAAACCUCCAUCUCCAGGACUGCGCCGCUUGGCAUUCGGCCAUUCGUGGUAUAGCCACUCACGAAAGUCCCCUUCCGACUAGCGACAGAGCCGACGAUCUCAUGCUUGAACACUUCCUUAAUCGCAACAUGGAUAUCAAUCAUGAGCAUCCAGAGUAUGGCACCGCCCUGCACGCUAUGAUGAAUGCGGAGGGACGAGCAGGCCCAGAAUGGCGUCAAGGGAUCAGAAUGCUACUCAAGCACCACAUCAACCCAAACAUCAUGAGCGAGCGGUUAGGCUCCGCGCUCCACAUAGCGUGUGCGAUCAAACACGCACACGACUACUUCGAUUCUCACUGCAAGGAGUGCUGGAAUCUUGACAACUCAUCCAGCAAAGCAGCGUAUCUUCUUGAACAGUGCCCCAAUAUCAAUGUAAAUGCACAAGGCGGAACGUUCGGUACAGCUCUUCAGGCGGCCGCCUAUUCGGGCCAGAUCAUAUCAGUAAGGAUGUUGCUAGACAGGAAAGCCGAUAUUAACGCAUGCAGUGGAAAAUACCACAGCGCCUUGAACGGAGCUAUCAUCAGCGGACAUUGGAACAUUGUCAAAGUUCUACUUGCCGCUGGCGCAACACCUGAUUGUCAUCUACAGGAAGAACCUGACGAAGCUUGGCUUCGGACUAUUCUAGAGGAGGACGGCCGAGGGGCAGUAGAGAGAUAUAGAAAGUUUUGGAAAGUAGAGUUGGGGAGGAAAACGGGAGGAGAAGGAGCCUCGAACUCAUAA